AUGAAGGUGUCAAGACUAGCUUGGCUGCUUUCUUUGCUGCUGUGCUUUACAUUGUGUUUGGGAUACAAUGUAAGCUACGACAGGCGCUCUUUGAUUAUCAAUGGCCAAAGAAAGUUGCUCAUUUCUGCUGCCAUUCACUACCCUCGUAGUGUCCCUGCGAUGUGGCCGGGGCUAGUUCAGACGGCAAAGGAAGGAGGGGUUGAUGUGAUUGAGACAUAUGUGUUUUGGAAUGGUCAUGAACCGUCUCCAGGCAAUUAUUAUUUUGGAGGACGAUAUGAUCUGGUCAAGUUUGCGAAGAUCGUGGAGGAUGCUGGAAUGUAUUUGAUUCUUCGAAUUGGCCCAUUCGUUGCAGCAGAAUGGUACUUUGGCGGGGUACCAGUGUGGUUGCAUUAUGUGCCUGACACUGUAUUUCGAACUGAUAAUGAGCCCUUUAAGUAUCACAUGCAGAAGUUCACAACACUCAUAGUUAAUCUAAUGAAACAAGAAAAGCUUUUUGCACCUCAAGGAGGUCCAAUUAUUUUGGCCCAGAUAGAAAAUGAGUAUGGAUACUAUGAAAAAGAUUAUGGAGAGGGAGGCAAAAAAUAUGCACAGUGGUCUGCUAGCAUGGCUGUUGCUCAGAAUAUUGGUGUACCAUGGAUCAUGUGCCAACAGUUUGAUGCUCCAGAGUCUGUGAUAAACACAUGCAACUCCUUCUACUGUGAUCAAUUUACACCAAUUUUUCCGAACAAACCUAAAAUUUGGACAGAGAAUUGGCCUGGCUGGUUUAAAACAUUUGGCGCCAGAAAUCCUCACAGGCCAGCUGAAGAUAUUGCUUUCUCUGUAGCUCGCUUUUUCCAAAAAGGUGGCAGUGUACAAAAUUACUACAUGUAUCAUGGAGGAACAAAUUUUGGCCGCACUUCAGGUGGACCAUUUAUAACAACAAGUUAUGACUAUGAGGCACCAAUCGAUGAAUAUGGAUUACCAAGGCUCCCAAAAUGGGCACAUCUUAAGCAACUUCACCUGGCAAUUAAGUUAUGUGAGCAUAUUUUGCUUAACAGUGAGCCCACUCUUGUACCGUUGGGGCCUUCCGAAGAGGCUGAUGUUUUUACAAACUCUUCUGGAGCAUGUGCUGCCUUCAUUUCUAAUAUGGACGACAAAAAUGACAAAACAGUUGUAUUUCGUAAUGUGUCAUAUCAUCUACCUGCAUGGUCAGUCAGCAUACUGCCUGACUGCAAGACUGAAGUAUUUAACACAGCAAAGGUAGCAUCCCAAACCUCUGUAGUUGAGAUGACAUCUGAAACUAAAGGCUUGAAAGGGCUUAAAUGGGAGGUAUUUGUGGAGAAAGCUGGGAUCUGGGGUGAAGCUGACUUUUUUAAAUCUGGAUUUGUAGAUCACAUCAAUACCACAAGAUUUACCACUGACUAUCUGUGGUAUACAACAAGCAUAUUUGUUGAUGAAAAUGAAGACUUCUUAAAGAAAGGAAGCUUGCCAGUUCUUCAAAUUGAAUCCAAAGGCCAUGCUCUCCAUGCUUUCGUGAACGAUAAACUUCAAGAUAGUGCAUCUGGAAAUGGCACACAUCCACCCUUCAGUUUAAAAAGCCCUAUCUCUCUGAAGGCAGGGAAGAAUGAAAUUGCUCUACUCAGCAUGACAGUUGGUCUGCAGAAUGCUGGAUCAUUUUAUGAGUGGGUAGGGGCAGGAGUAACUAGUGUCAAGAUUAAGGGUUUCAACAAUGGUACAAUUGAUUUGUCUGCGCAUAAUUGGACCUACAAGAUUGGAGUGCAAGGAGAACACCUAGGACUUUAUAAGGGAGAUGGCUUAAGUAAUAUAACUUGGAUUUCAACCGCAGAACCACCAAAGGAACAACCUUUGACGUGGUAUAAGGCCAUUGUGGAUGCUCCGCCAGGUGAUGAACCUAUUGGACUCGAUAUGAUUCAUAUGGGAAAAGGUCUGGCUUGGUUGAAUGGAGAAGAAAUUGGAAGAUACUGGCCUAGGAAGAGCCCUACACAUGGAUGCGUUCAAGAAUGCAAUUACAGAGGCAAAUUUGAUCCAGACAAAUGCAAUACAGGAUGUGGAGAACCAACACAAAGAUGGUACCAUGUUCCACGGUCUUGGUUCAAGCCAUCUGGAAACGUUCUGGUGAUAUUUGAGGAGAAAGGUGGAAAUCCACUGAAAAUGGAGUUUUCAAGACGGAAAAUCUCAGGUGCCUGUGCUCUUGCUGCAGUAGAUUACCCCUCUGUUGACCUUGAAUCUUGGCGUGAGGGAAAUGGAAGUAACAAAAGCAUUUCAACUAUCAAUUUGAAGUGCCCUGAGAACACACAUAUAUCUACUGUAAAAUUUGCUAGCUUUGGAAAUCCUACAGGCUCCUGUGGAUCCUACACCAAAGGUGACUGCCACGAUCCUAACUCCACUUCUGUGGUUGAAAAGAUAUGCUUACAUCAAAACAAUUGUGCCAUAGAAUUGACAGAAGAGAAAUUCAGCAAGGGUUUGUGCUCGAGUGUAACGAAGAAGCUUGCAGUUGAAGUAGUGUGCAACUGAAAUUUUCUUUUUUCUGAAUUGAAGAGCAGAUUUAUAUAACGAAAUAGAACGCAAGGAAGAGGAGGGAACAUGCAGAGAUUACCAUUACCCUCUUUACGUUUGCUUUACAUGC